UCAAUUCGCGCCUUAGGGUUUUUACCUGGCGUCCGCAUCCAUAGAAUUUUGUGGAUUUCAUCUCACUCCCUUCUAUCAAUUCUGUUCCACGGGGAGGUUCUACACGGGCCGAGCUCGCAACUAAUUUGAAAGGGCUAAUUUUCUUGAACAUUUCGACAUACUGAUUACGUGAAGUAAUAUGCAUCGAGUACUCUGAAAUUAGAUGUGCAGGGAGGAAUGGUACUUUUUCUCAUAAAAAGUUGUAGUGGUUUUAUUCUGUGCUGGAGAAGAAUCAAAGGGAGGCCCGUCUGUUUAAGGGGCUAAUAUGCCAUCUUAUAUGUCAAAACUACGAGCAUCGGUUCAAAUUCUAGGGUGGGAAGGCGGAUUUAAAGGUUCAUUGGAGCUGCUUUUUGGGCAUCAGAAACUGUUGUGUGGCAAUUCUAGUCUAUUUCACUCGGUUCCUUAUCCCUCACUUACAGAGUUGCAUGCUCUCUUAAGACCUGGCACUAUUUCGGGUGCUAGUUCAGAGCUAGUCAAUCGCAGGAAGAAUAUCUCAGCUCUUGGAGCAAUUUCUCGCACAUUUUCUGUUCCUUCUGUUUCAGGCCCUGCAUUUCAGACUUGUAGGUAUCACAUUGAUUGUGCCGUUGCUGAAUCCAAUCAAUUUUCAUCUCACAGCAAGUGUGAAGACAAACCAAUGGCUGCUUGUGGUUCUAGAGCUACACUUGGUGAAUGUUCUUUUGGUAAUUCAAGUUUUAGAAAUGCACACUCGUCUUCUUCAGCGAUCAGUGCUAGUAUUUGUUUUAACAAUAGAAGUGUUAAUAGAUGUCGGAAAGCCAGCAUGAGUUUGAAAAAUAAAGAGCAGCCUAGCAACAAUGUGAUAUAUGGAUACUUCACUUAUGACGUUGCAAAGAGGUUUUGCAGUAGUUACCUACAUACUAUGUCGGGAGUCGGUGAUCUUCAUACUUCAUCAACUUCUCAGUUUUCAGCUGGUUCUGCCCCCAAUGUGUCAUUUGAUAAUUCUGCGCUGGAGGAACAACCUGCCAACUCUACUGAUUCAUCUGAACAGAAUAUCUCGAUGGGCAAAUCAUUGAAACUGGUUUCUGGAUCAUGCUAUCUACCCCAUCCUGAUAAAGAAGAUACUGGAGGAGAGGAUGCUCACUUUAUCUGUGUAGAUGAACAGGCCAUAGGGGUGGCUGACGGUGUGGGUGGCUGGGCAGAUCUUGGUGUUGAUGCUGGACAGUAUUCCCGAGAACUUAUGUCUAAUUCUGUUAGUGCAGUUCAGGAAGAACCCAAGGGCUCAAUAGAUCCAGCUAGAGUCUUGGAGAAGGCUCACUCAAAAACAAAAGCCAAAGGUUCCUCCACUGCUUGUAUCAUAGCGCUUACAGAACAAGGUCUCCAUGCAAUCAACUUAGGAGACAGUGGAUUUAUGGUGGUUAGAGACGGAUGCACUGUCUUUAGAUCUCCCGUGCAGCAGCAUGAUUUUAAUUUCACCUUUCAAUUGGAGAGUGGAAACAAUGGAGAUUUGCCUAGCUCUGGUCAGGUUUUCACAGUCCCUGUUGCUCCUGGAGAUGUCAUAAUUGCUGGCACCGAUGGACUCUUUGAUAACUUGUACAACAACGAGAUCACUGCAGUGGUGGUUCAUGCCAUGAAAGCAGGCUUAGGCACUCAGGUGACUGCCCAGAAGAUAGCUGCUCUUGCACGCCAACGAGCUCUAGAUAAAGAUAGACAAACGCCUUUCUCCACUGCUGCUCAAGAUGCUGGAUUUCGCUAUUAUGGAGGCAAGCUUGACGACAUCACAGUCGUCGUGUCAUAUGUUACACGCUCUAAUGAUAAGUGAGUGCCCUGAAUGUCUUCUCCAACACUUGCAUCUGCACGCUUCUGUAUAUAAUAUUUGUAGCAUAACCAUUAACAAUGCUUAUUGCAUCUAAGCAAGCAUAUUUAAUUGAACUAUCUCAACUCUUUACAUGUUGAAGAGCGGAUGACCUCGUUUGUAAGUGAAAAAUCAGAGGCGUGAGCCUCCCCAAGUUUGGGCGGUUGUUUCUCUGUUUUCGUCUUCCAUCUGAAACCUUCUGUGCU